AUGUUCAGGACCAUCGAAGUCAUCAAGAGCUUCACCCUCGUGCAGGUCCGAAUUAGUAACAGCGGACUGAAGGAGCUCGUUUUGUCGAGUACUGCUGGGCCUAUGAGGAUGGCCAUCCGACCCAAUUUUCUUCAGACCCGGGCGAGCCCUACGAGUGGAAGCCCCAGCCUUGGGACUGUCUAUUAUGGAGGGCACAUAUCGUCCAUUUUCUUCAAGGCCCGGCCUGCUCCAACUAUGUCACGCGAGGCCACCAGGCUCGAUGCAGCAGGCGGUUCCCUGGAGAGCUCUUCCUCUUCGGAUUCAUCUUGA